AUGGCUUCCGGACAAGUCCUCCGGCACCGCGGUCUUUCCAACAAGUCCGUCUCUCUCGACGCCCUGCUUGCAGAUUUUAACUCUGAUGCAGGCGAGAGCACCAUUGUCGCCGAGGAUCAAUCUACAGAAACCACUGCCCCGUUUUCUUCACCGCAAGUCGGCGAGGGUGACGAUUCCUCCACAGACGGCCAGGGUGAAUUUAUACUUCGGCCUUGGAGGAGCUCUGCGCCGCCAGUCUCCACGCCGCGUGAAACAUUUGAGACACGGUCAACGCGAUCCAGCUCGACAACUUCUAGGCACGCAAACCGCCUUUCCUUGACUCUGCCUGUUGCACCUGCAAACAGUCUGCCUUCGCGGCCAGCACCCACUCCGUCGAUCCCUCCAACCCCCACAGAGACAAUUGGAUCGGGGAUGGCGUCGCCAGCGGAUCCCAACGAUUUCAUAGUAGCAAUCGCUGCACAGGAGCGGCGCGUCCUGGAGCUCCGAGAAGAGCUGAAUCGCGCAGAGGCGGAAUUAAAGACCUUGCAGACAAAAUGGAAUUCGAGCGAGGCACACAAAAUCAGAGCCUCUAUUCGGAAACAGGAACCAAGUCGUCGCCCAAUUCCAGGGACUUCGGUCUUGCCAGGCUCAACCGAACGCCCGUCAGGUAGACGCAGCCUUGAUAUUGAGCGCAAAAAGGCUUUGCUCAUGGGCAAUGGCACACCACGGGAGUAUAAGAGAAGAGUCAUGCGUGGCGGGCAUACGCGAACUCUGUCUCUACUUUCGCCUACCAAAUCCGAAAACGACUUCCCCAUUCAUAACGACUUUGAUGCGCUAAGAUCCCCGGAUGCUGUGCGCAGUGUAGAAAACUUUACGCCUACACAAUUAAACAAGCGUGCCACAUGGGCACCCAGACAAACAUCACCGCCUGGUGGAGUGAAACAGAUUGCCGAGGACUUUAGGCAAGGCCUGUGGACGUUUGUUGAAGACUUGAGACAAGCGACUGUGGGUGAUGAAGGAAUCUCGGCCACCUCAAACAGGACCAGCGACUUCCAGAACCGGUCAAACAGGAGGUACACAUCAGAUCAGGAUACGAUCCGUCCUUCCAGCGCUGUUCGAGGUCGAGUCCCAUUCCCUCCCGACGCCGAGGUUCAAGUAGAGACGCCCAGAAAGCCUUCGCCGGGUAGUUUUCAAGAUCGCAUAUCGCAGCACCAGAGAACGCAGUCCAAGUCUGACAGCAAAGCCCGAAAGCAUUUUUCAUGGACACCCUUGACCUCUGACGAUUUGGGAGAUGAUGACUGGUCCAGCUGGGACUCACCGUCUAUCAAGACAGCGAGAUGGAGUGGCAGCACUGUCAAUGGCGAUAUCAUCCCCGCCAUUCCCGAGAAACAUGACGACACCGAAACCUUCUUGCGGAAGAAGCGUUCCAGCAGCGAUCUGCGAUCUUCGUCGCCUCACUCGGAGGACAAGCUUGGAGAGAUGCCGUCUUCCCUGCUCAACACUCUUGCGCCUAGCAACAUCAAAAGAUUUUCAGCCGAUUUCAUCAAGGAGUGGGAGAGGAGCCUAUCACCACCGGCCGACGAACCGUCCAUCGAGCCCAACUACCAGGCGAUUAAGGACAAGGCUCACUGA